UCGGCGCGCGACACACUACCAGGUACAUGCAGAAAAGAAAGGAAAAAAAGGCAUUAAAGACAAACAAUUCAUUUUGGAAAAUGACUGCCUAAACUAAUCCAACUACACCCAUUCCUUUCCAAAGUAGGGCGCGCCAAGGUCACAGUGCACGCGCUUAAGAAGAUGCACAGCGAUGGCAAGCCAAUUGCAAUGAUGACAGCGUACGACUACCCGACGGCCGUCGCGUGCGAGCGCGCCGGCGUCGACAUGGUGCUCGUCGGCGACUCCUUGGCGAUGGUAGCACUGGGCCACCAGGACACAUCGCAGGUGACAAUGGACGAAAUGAUGCACCACAGCCGUGCUGUGGCCCGCGGCACGCGCAGCGCUUUCCUGGUCAGUGACCUGCCCUUUGGCGCGUAUCACGCAGACAUUGGUGAUUCUGUGCGCAACGCCGUCCGUAUGGUCAAGGAGGGGCGUGCCGAGGCUGUCAAGCUGGAGGGCGGACGCCACUUUGUCUCGCGGGUCGAUGCUAUUGUGAAUUCUGGCAUUCCUGUCGUCGGCCACAUUGGGCUGACACCGCAGACGGCUGUGUCACUGGGCGGCUUCCGCGUCCAGGGCAAGUCUGUUGCCGCCGCACAACAUCUGGUCGACGAUGCUCUGGCAUUGCAGACCGCCGGGUGUUUUGCCAUGGUGCUGGAGGCCAUGCCGUCGCUGGUUGCCGAAACCAUCACGCGGCUGGUCUCCGUGCCCACUAUUGGCAUUGGCGCUGGAUCAAGGACAUCGGGCCAGGUGCUGGUGAUGUCGGAUAUGAUGGGCAUCUUCGACCGCUUUACGCCUAAAUUUUGUCGCCGCUUUGCUGAGCUCGCCCCGCAGAUGGACGCCGCCUUGGUGCAGUACAAGACGGAUGUGAGGGCGCGCCAGUUUCCAGAGGAGGGCUUGCACACGUAUGCCAUGCCGGCGGCUGCGGAGGACAGAUGGCGCGAGCAUGUGCUAAGUGCAUACGGUUUGGAUUUGGACCGAGUCGCCGAGCCUGCUGCCCAGGUACAUCAGCAGCAGCAUCAACGGUCGUCGGUGUAGCAAAGUGAGCCUUGAUUGAUUUAUCGAGCCUGUGCCGUUUUUUCUAUUUAAUUUCUUAUUCUUUCGCAACGCAAUAUGUCCUGAAAUGCACGGGUUUUCAAACGCGACAAUAUGUCCUGCGCAAUGCGCGAUGAUGGGCGUGAGAGUGAAAUAAAGGAACUCGCCGUGUCGAAUCGUCAUCGCGCUUGGGUGUUGUCGCCUCAAUUUCCAAAAAAAACCAAACUUUUAGACCCUGCUUAAAUCACACCUCCCCCAUCCUGUAAUUGCACGUGCCAUUUUCUUUCCUGGCGGCGCAAAAGAAUAAAAGCGAGCGAUGCUGUUUGACCGAGCACUCCAACCUC